AUGCGUUUUGUCGUUGUCGUAUGUUUGAUUGUGUUAAACAAAGUAAGUUUUUUAUAGGCAAUGAUAUUAUGAUUAUGUAAUGUAAUGCAGGUACACUUUUAUAUUAAUAUAUUUUAAUUAUAACUUUAUAUUUAAGCCAGUAAGGUAUAGUAACUAUAUUAUCUUAUAAUCUUCUUCUUGUUGUAAAAAAAAGUUUUAGGUAACUUCAGACCGAGUACCAUCAGCAGACGAUGUAGAAGACUACAAUGAUCCUGUGUUGAGAGAAGUGUUCGGAUCAAGAGGCAAUCGACCACAACAACCAACCUUUUAUUCUCCUCAGCAACAAGCACGGUCUGUACAACAACAACGAGUCGUACCAUCAAGAACAGUACCAUCUCAACCACAAAGUCAGUACCAAACACAAAGCGAGUAUCAACCUAACAGAUACACCGAGCCUGAACGUAGGUUUUACAUUAGAUUUUGGAAGAUAUGAGCUUGUAGGAUAAAGACCUUUAGGCUACUUAUUGUUACCUAAAAAUUAUUUUUGAUACUACAUGUAGCUACACAUAUUUAAAACCUUACUAAUGUUAAGUAAAUACUUUAUAUUGACUUUUUACUGUGUUAGUUGUAUAAUUUUUCCUAUGUGACAAUACUAUUUCAGCUUACCAACCACCAUCGUACCCAUCGCAACCUUCGAUGUCAGGUUACAAUAGUGCCCAAUCUCAAUAUUACUCAUCUCAAUCAUCUAGUCCGAUCACUCAGUUGGCUGUUAAUGGUGCUCAAGGUUUUCUGACUGGAGCUCAAGCUGUGGGACAAGCUUUUGGUAUUAAUCCAUCAUAUACGUCGUAUAACACGGGCUAUGAGCUCCCAAUACAAGGUGGAUUCUUUGGGUAA